CGAACGCUGAGGCGGUGAUGGUGGCAUUACCUGAAUAGGCGUUGAGGGUCAGAUGGGAGGGAAGUAAUUGCUUGCAGUCGGUUGAAACUGUGCAUUAGGCCGAUGAGGCGGAAUUUGCCGCUCAAGCAGGGUCAAAGCUCGUCUCCGUUCAUUCUUGCAUUGGAGAGACACGCGAGCAUUAACAUACCAGCUCCAUCAUCCACACCCGCAAGCAGGAUGCAUUGCACCAGCGCGUCACUCCUCCGGAGUGCUCUCCACAUCACGCCCUGCAGAACAGCCGCAGUCGUGCCGCCGUCCUUCCUCCUCCCAGCCUUCGCCCUUACACAGACCUCUCCCUUUUCCAGUACAGCACCGGCUUCAGCUCGCAAAGACCACAACCGUAACCGCGGCGUCUCCGCCCUCCACCGCACCGGCAUCGGCAAGAAACAGCACCUCUCCGUGAAGCUCGAAGACCUCCCCAAACCCGUUCUUGACCCCAAACGUCGCAGCGACAUCGAAGUCGAUCCCGACCAUGGCCUCUACGCUUUCUUCCCAGACGGCAACGAAGGCGACCGUAUCAUGACGCCUGAAGAGUACGCCGCUCACGGCCGCGGCUGGCGCAUCCAAGAACUCCGCGCCAAGGACUGGGAAGACCUGUGGCGGCUGUGGUGGGUCUGUUCCAAGGAGCGGAAUAAGAUUGCUACGCUGGAGAUGGAGAGGAAAAGGUUGGCGGGCAAUGGACAAAUGUAUGGUGAUGUAGAGGCCGGGACGAGGGAUAAGCAGGUCAGGGUGACUAUGAGGAACAUCAAGGUGGUGUUGACGGAGCGGUGGUACGCGUGGGAGAAUGCACGUCAGGCGGCGAUGGAGGAUCCCGAGGUAGAUUUGAGUGCGGACCCGGGGAAAGGGGAGCAGGCGUAUUUGCCAGGGAAGGGAGAGGGUCUCCUUGACAAUAGCAGUGCGAAUGAAGGCAUUACAGAGCCAGGCCAGGGGCUACCGCCACCAGUUAACGCACUUCCCAUGUCCGAAGCGCGUGCUUGAGCGGCAUACACGACUAGCCGCGUUCCAAAUACCUACUCUUUGCACUUUGGCAAUAAACUUGACGAAGGCAAGCUCUGUGCCACUACUAAUCUCCACGAGCACGGAAGCACUGUGACAUGAGCACAGGCCCUGAAGCAAGCCGCGACAUGCCCUCCCGGAACAAACCCAUAAGCCCACAUGGGUCUGGUCUAUUUUCUCGCCGACGAAGCUUGGACCAGGCUCUCUAUCUCGGCUGCAAGGCGGCCUCUGGCGCACAGUACUCGCCAU